GGAAUGCAGAACGAAAAAAGAAACCUCCACUUGGUUGCUAAGAAUAAUGAUACCUUGUGUCCAACAAAUCGAACCCACGUAGCAACUGCGAGAAUAUCUUGGAUCCGAGCGGAAGGCAGCACGUCGUCGACCUUCCCAUUUGAAUCAUGAGACCGUCCCUGUAACAUAAUGCAGGGUAUCAUGCUGUAUCCACGGAGUACUCCGUGUACUAUGGAUGGGUCCGUUAAUAUGGAGUACUUUGCGAGAAUCAUAUGGAGAUAACGAAUGCUGACGGGGCUUUCGACUAUGGCCCAGGACAAAUAUGCAUUCUAUUUCUUUCUUUGUAGCUUCCUUGCUCGUGACUGGUGUCGGUUUGGUGCAUACGGCAGCAGGCUGCAGCUUCUCAGCCAGCCAUUCAUUAUUACCCAUAGCAUUAGGGCGGGUAGACGAUGGAGUAAGAUCAAGCGCUUCGCUCAUAUUGAGCCAAGCAGAACAGCAGCAGCAGCAGGGUUUCCAUGUACGAUGAUGGUGACGCUGUCAAGUACGACGAGUAAGAUCGAUGUACGGAGUAAUGCAGGAAUUCCCCCCGGUACAGACCGGGCUAGAAUGACAGACCAUGCAAAAGAAGCGAGGCCACCUGGAAGAAUUUCAUUGAGCGAGGAAAACGACGUGAUGAUAGAAGAUGGAAACCUUGGACGCUUUGAUCAUGUCUGUCAUCAUCGUCAUGAUUCCUCCAGCCACAGACGGCCACCGCAACUGAAAGAAAAGAGGUUUUCCAGACUGUCCACCUGGAACGGGGACGUAGGUGAGCGAUCGUGUAUUUCGGAAAAUAAUUGGAUGAUGGACGGUGGAUGGAUGCCCAACCGUACCAUGUCCCAAACAGGUAAAAGUUAGUCAGCUUAAGCGGCCAAAACACAGACACACGCAUUCAUGCCCAACCGAAUACAAAAUCUUCAUUGGCCCCGAGUUUUGACGCGAGUAAAGCGGUUCUUUGGUUUCUUUUUCAUGCAGGUAGCCUUACACAGUGCCAUUUGGCCCCGUUAGUGGCAAAAGUUCGUCUGCUGAGAGAGUGUGUGGAAAUCGGGAAAUCGGCGUCUCAUCCUGUCUCAUCCUCCUACCCAGUGAUGCGUGAUGUGAUCUCACACCCUCCAUGAAUGAUUGUCAGAUUUCGA